GGGAGGGGCGCGGAACCGGAAGACGGAAGCUCGCGCAGAGCGGUUGGCAAAAAAUAAACAACCGCCUGGCUGUGGCUUGGAGACAAAAUGGCGGGGGCGCGGCGGAGCCGUUUGGGACUGGGGCCCUUCCUCUUCCUGCUCUCCUUCUUCCUGGGCUGCGAGGGGGCUUGGGGGGCCGAGGCGGAGCCCGCCCCACUCUCGCUGUCGGAGGCCUUUGAGCCCGCGCUGGGGAACACGGCGUCCUGCCAGCGCACCUGCCAGGACACCUACCCGCUCCAUACUUACCCCAAGGAAGAAGAGCUCUAUGCAUGUCAAAGGGGUUGCAGGCUGUUCUCCAUUUGCCAGUUUGCAGAUGAUGGGAUUGACUUGAAUCAAACCAAGUUGGAAUGCGAUUCUGCUUGUUCUGAGGCAUAUACCUCUCAGUCUGAUGAACAGUAUGCUUGCCAUCUUGGAUGCCAGAAUCAGUUACCAUAUGCUGAACUGAGGAGAGAGCAACUGAUGUCCUUGAUGCCCCGAAUGCAUCUUCUAUUUCCUCUGACAUUUGUGAGAUCAUUCUGGAGUGAUAUGAUGGAAACAGCCCACAGCUUCAUCACCUCCUCAUGGACCUUCUAUCUUCAGGCUGAUGAUGGCAAAAUAUUAAUAUUUCAGGCAAAGCCACAAGUUCAGUAUGUAGAAAGCUCUGAUCAGGAAAAUCUGAAUUUAAAAGAAUCAUCACUUAACAAAGCAGCUCUAGAUCUGCCACCAGGAAGUCCACAGAAUCACAAAGGAUUCUUUGACGAUGAUGAAAGUGAUGGCUUCUUCAAAUGUAUUUCAGUAAAUUCUGGUUGGAUAUUAACAACCACCCUUCUCCUCUCUGUCCUGGUGUUGCUCUGGAUUUGUUGUGCAACUGUUACUACUGCUGUGGAACAGUAUGUUCCAUCUGAGAAGCUGAGUAUCUAUGGAGAUUUAGAAUAUAUGAACGAACAAAAACUGAACCGAUACCCUACUUCUGCACUCAUGGUGGUUAAAUGUAAGGCUGAUGAACAAGAAGCAGGACCUCUACCUACAAAAGUCAACUUGGCUCAGUCAUCAAUAUAGUUUUUAAAAAUGAAUUUGUUCAUCUGAUUGACAUCGUUAACUCUGGAGAUUUUUUUCCCAGUGAAAGGGCCUGAGGGAGCAGGUGGUUUCAUUGUUUAGAUUAAAAUAAAGUCACAGAAUCAAUAACGAAAGGUUGUACUGCCAUGGAAUUCAGUCUUUUCCACUAGAGUUGGUCAGAUGAGGUUUAUAGUGCAUUUACGUUAGUCUGCAUCCUUUUAUUUGCUUACCAUAGGAUCAUAAAUAUUGUCUAUAAAUUGAGGUUGUGGGUAUUUUCAUAUUAAGAACGCCUAUUGGAAUGUAUAUUUGGAAUAUGUUUCAAAACCUGUAAGGAAUGUUUGGUAAUAGAAGAUGUCUUUUUAAGUUGUUUUCAGCUGUGGAUAAACUAACAUGCAGAACUCAUUUGAGUACCUUUAGUACUUUGGAUGGCUCUUUUCCAGAAAUAAGAAUAUGUUCCUGUUCUAACUUCAUGCCAAUUUCUGCCACUGAAGUACUAGCAGUCAGCAAUAAAACUUACUUAACAUGUCUAUAUAUUAAGGCACCUCUUCUGUGUUGUGUUUUGAAACAGCUGUUUAAAUUUAGAUUGUAUUGUUUGCCUUAAGCUUUCCCAGCUUUACAUCUGCUGUUUUUGAGAAAAUUGGUUCCUAAAGAAACAACGUGACUAACAAAUUAAAUAUGGUCUAGAAUUCGA